AUGAAGAUCUUUUGUCAAGGAGAUUUGGUCCAACCCGGUGCAACUCGGUUUGCAACAAACUACAUCACUAUCAAUAACAUCUUAAAUAAGAAAGCUGGGCUGAAGCAACUUUUUACAAGUGAGGAAUGGUAUAAUAGUCGAUUCAGUGAAUCAGAAGAAGGGAAGAUAAUUGAAAGUCGAGUCCUUGAUCAUAGAUUAUGGGAUGCCAUGGAAGGAGUGCAAUCCAUCUAUGAGCCUUUGUAUAGCAUCAUGCGAAUUGUUGACACAGAGGUAAUUCCUACAAUGCCUAUCUUAUAUGAUAUGUUUCACAUAAUGAAAGAGAAGAUUUCUAAGUUGAAGGGAAAAAAAUGGAUUCUCAAAAUCAUCAAUCACAGAUGGGAUGUCACAUUAUCUCGUCCAUUACAUCAAGCUGCCCACUACUUGAACCCUAGAUAUCAAUAUGAAAUAGGGGUUGGCCACAAUAAAGAGUUACUUUCAGAACUUCAACGCGUAUUUGAAAGGUUGAAUCCAACUGGGGAUAAAGGUUUGCAAGCAUUUGGGGUCGAGGUAAUUAAUUUUAGAGACUGUAGAAAGACAUUUCACACUGAGAUGGCCGUCAAAUCAAGAAAAUCGAUCCCCCCAGCAGAAUGGUGGAAUCUUCAUGUUGAUUCUGCCCCGAACUUGCAAAAAAUUGCUAUGCGUAUAUUGUCACAGACAAUAUCAUCAUUGGCAUGUGAGCGAAAUUGGAGUACAUUUGCUCUUAUUCACACGAAACAAAGGAACCGUCUCGCAUAUACUAGGCUGGAAAAGAUUGUCUUUUGCUAUUAUAAUAUGAAACUUAAGCUACGUGAUGAAGAGGCCGAAAUGAACAAGGUUGCUGAAAAUGACUACAUAGACCUUCUUGACAUUGCAGGGCAACCAUCUGAUGAUGAUAAUAAUCCAAUUCAAUAA